AUGAUAGAUAAAACAUUCACAAGUGUACCACCAGAUAGAUAUUUUAAAUUAUUAAUUCAAGAAUUUGCUUUUGCUGUUGAUCAAGAUUUAGUAGUAGCCGUUAUUGCAUUUGUGAAACCUGACAAGAUUCAUGUUAGUUUUUCAAUUCAUGAUUCAAAAUCCAGUGAACAAUUAUUAGCUGAAUAUCUAUUAGUUGAUUUCCUAUUAGAAAUUUUAAAUAUUGUUAAAAUUCAAGAUGUUAUGUUAAAAAUUAUCAAAGAUAAAGAAUAA